GUCGCAUACGGUCUUAUUUUACCCUUCCGCAGAAAGCGCAGAGUAGCUCGACUGUUACGCUGUUUUAAGCAAAAAACGCUUUCGUGUAUACGUAGUUAGUAACCGUAAUAUACUACCAAUUAUUGAAACGGCAUGAAUUUCCAUUGAGUUUUUUCGUUUUUUAUGAAAAAGGGGACUAUACCGCCAACGCGUCGGGAUAUUUGUUCUAAAAUCCCAGCCUGCACUAGCUUCUUUUUUUCCUUCGGUGGAGGCCAUGAUGGGAGCCUGAGAGUUCAGCUGGAGAGAGAGGAGCGAGAAAAGAUGAUUCCCCGGGACGGACCUGUCAAACCAAUCUGUGCAGAUUUUUGAAUUUUGUAUAGUUUAUAUACAUUUAGGGUGGAGCCUGUCACUUUUUUUAGAUGUGUUCUUGGCAAUCAGUCGAUGACAAUGUUGAAUCGUUAGGAGGAUUUUGUAUCGAAAGAGGAGGCAGCAUUAGCUAUUGUUGCUAGCUAGCUGCUAGCUAGCUAACAAGCUAGCUACGUCUGAGAGAUACGGGUUUCGGGAACCGGUGAGUUCUCUAUCCUCUCGCUGUCAAUCGCGGCGGGUGCGAUUGAGUCUUCGGCGUGGACCGUGUCUGGCAUCAAAAGGUUUAUCUGAGGACAACUGCAUGUAUUUGGUUCCGGAGUGUUUGCAAGACGAAUUGCAGGAUUGGAAGAGUCGGGCCUGCACGGAGGAGCAGAGCAAGGCCCGUCUUUAUGAUCCAGAGGAAGCCUUUCUAAUCCUACUGACAGCCACUGCUAGUUCUGCUGGCUAGCACGUCUCGGCGAGGAACUGCAAAAUUCACAGAGCAGACCCAGUGACUGCGACAUACACGACCAGCCAGUCAAUACUAGAAAAACCUGUUUGCAUCGUUUACUCCAUAUAGACUCCUGCCACCUGCUAUAAUGGCUGCAAUUAUAAAAGAAAUUGUCAGCCGGAACAAAAGGAGAUAUCAAGAGGAUGGCUUUGACCUGGACUUAACGUAUAUCUACCCAAACAUAAUUGCUAUGGGCUUUCCAGCUGAGCGACUUGAAGGCGUGUACAGAAACAAUAUAGAUGAUGUAGUACGGUUUUUGGAUUCAAAACAUAAAAACCAUUACAAAAUCUACAACCUCUGUGCAGAAAGAAACUACGAUGCUACCAAAUUUAACUGCAGAGUUGCACAGUACCCCUUUGAAGACCACAACCCUCCUCAGCUGGAGCUAAUUAAACCUUUCUGUGAAGACCUGGACCAGUGGCUCAGUGAGAAUGACAAUCAUGUGGCGGCCAUCCACUGUAAGGCCGGGAAGGGCCGCACCGGGGUAAUGAUCUGCGCAUAUCUCCUUCAUCGUGGCAAAUUCCAGGAGCCGCAGGAAGCGCUCGACUUUUAUGGUGAAGUCAGGACAAGGGACAAGAAGGGAGUAACGAUCCCGAGCCAGCGCCGCUAUGUCUAUUACUACAGCCACCUACUGAAGAACCAGCUGGAGUACAAGCCGGUGGCGCUCCUCUUCCACAAAAUGGUGUUCGAGACUCUCCCCAUGUUCAGCGGGGGCACCUGCAGGGACAGUACCGUUAAAAACAGGAGCGAGCCGACCCCUCAGGGCUUCAAGAAAGGGAAUUGGCAUUGGGAUCCCCAGUUUGUGGUGUACCAACUGAAAGUGAAGAUUCACACGUCGAACCCCACUCACACGCGGCGCGAGGACAAGAACAUGGUGUUUGAAUUCCCUCAGCCACUGCCAGUUUGUGGGGACAUCAAAGUGGAGUUCUUCCAUAAACAGAAUAAAAUGAUGAAGAAGGACAAAAUGUUUCACUUCUGGGUGAAUACCUUCUUCAUCCCUGGACCAGAUGAGAGUGGGGACAAAAUUGAGAAUGGGGCAGUAAACAAUGCAGAGAGCCAGCCAGGAGGACCGGGCCAGGGGCCGCCGGGGGGCCAGGGCCAACCACAGGCCACCGAGGUCGGGCACAGCAACAGGGACGUCAGGCAAAGCGACAGGGACUACAGGCAAAGCAACAGGGACUACAUGGAUGGUGCAGGGGACUACCUCAUCCUGACGCUCACCAAGAACGACUUGGACAAGGCCAACAAAGACAAAGCAAACCGCUACUUCUCGCCAAACUUCAAGGUGAAGUUGUAUUUUACGAAAACCGUGGAGGAGCCUUCAAAUUCAGAGGCCAGCACUUCAACAUCAGUCACCCCGGAUGUUAGCGACAAUGAGCCAGACCAUUACCGAUACUCUGACACCACUGACUCUGAUCCGGAAAAUGAACCUUUUGAUGAAGAGCACCACACGCAAAUCACAAAAGUGUGAACUCUUUUUAAAACAGGAAAAGAAGUUAUACAAAAGAAAAAAGGAGAAAACUUGAAAUUAAACUCAAAAGAAGAACCUUUUGUCCCUUCCCUCCCCCAGACGGCAAUAGAAUAUCAUGUCAAAUGCCAACUUUAGGGAAAAAAAAGAUAAAUAUCUUGACCAAUAUAUUGUUCUUGUUUAGUUUUUUGUUUUUCUUUUUUUUUCUUUGGCACGGCCAUAUACCAUGUGCAAGUUAUUGACACUGUUGCCCCAUGGGAAAAGGUGCUGUAGCUAAUGUAUUUAUAUAUAUAUAUGUAUACAUACGUAUAUGUAUAUACAUAUAUACAUGCAUAUAUAAACAAACUUUUUUUGUGUCAUUGACAAUGGAAAGAGUACCACAAUCAGGAGACGGGAGUUGAAGUGUGGGAGAAGUUAGAAUGAGAUACUAGGACUAUGCUGCUCCUUCUCCUGUCUAAACCAAGGCCAGUGCUGCAGUCACUUUGUUUCACUCCCUCUCUUCUCCUCCUUCAUCUUUUACUCUCUUUCCCUCCAUCCUCUCCUCCUUUACUGUGAAUGCUUCUUGUGCUCUUUGCAGGCUGUCUCACGUGACUUUUGGCCUUUGUGCAGUGCAAACUGCAUGCGGGCGGUGGGCUGGGGGUUAUGAAGAGGCUGUGAUGAUGUCUAAAGCAUUGCCAUUCCUGUUCCCACUGUGUAUACGUUUAAAUUAUGCAGAACAAGGCAUCCCAUGUAAUUGUUAAUGUUUUUUUUAUCCUAAGAUAAUAAAAAUAUAAUACACAAAA